GAACGACCUGGGGGCUACGCCCCCAGGUCGUUAAAAAAGGAAACUACUGCCUAAAGGUAAGGACUCUACUUGAAGUGUUAUAUAAAUUUCAUCUUCCAGAUAUGUCUAACACUGUGAGAUCAUGGUCUGUGUUCUGUAAAGUCUUUUGUGUUUUAUACCUUAUCUCUUCCAUUUGUGCUGCUGUGCUUUUUGUUUUUUUUGCCACCAUUGCUGCUAUUAAUGAAGAUUCUAAUAAGUAUCCUCUUGAAGUUGGUGAUAUAUUAGGCAACAGCUCUGCUCUUAUAGAUCUAGAAGUUGACUCGUCAGACUACCCAAUAUCAUCUGUAACAUCAUUUCUUUGAAUGCAGAACAAAGACCUUUCAUGUACAUUGUCAUCCCCUUAGCAUCAGUGAAUAUACCGACUAUCACAGAUUAUCUUCCUUUAGAGCAAAUUCCCUUAAGUUUGUCAGAGGCUGAAUCAGAGUAUAGAGGAGCUCUUAACUAUCUUGGAAGUGAUGAGCCUAUUUAUUUGCUCUCUGGCUCUUCAAUCAUGUACAACUUAAUGAUAAUAACUUCAAUAGACACUACAUAUUCAGCUUGUCUCUACCUUUAUGCAAGUGCAACACAAUACAACAGUUUUCUGAUGUCAAAUAGCAGCAAUGUAUACAACGACUCACAUUGUUUUGUGUCAGCAAACACAAUGGAACCUGCAACAGCAUCUUUUUCUUUUAACAUCACAAGUCCUGGGCAGUACUAUGUUGGUAUACAAUUACAGAGUGGUGUUACUGUACAAGCCAAUGCUUCUGUUUUACGGAUAUAUUAUAAUACUACUGGACUUCAGCAGCAAACCACUUGUAAUAAUAUAACUUCUUGUCGAAUUGAUGUAUGCAAUACCUUUAUAUGCAGUCAUGAGGCAAUUACUUAUUUUCUUAUCAAACCAUCCAAUAGAACAUCUAUAAAUUAUUUCUUUACAAUUUCAAAGUUUACUCCAGAUAUUUUCAUUGCUUUUGUUUUGAGUGAAACCACGUACAUCAUUCUGACAAUCAUAGCAGGCUGUUUCACUUAUCGUCUUUAUUGUAAGAAGACUAGACGUAGAUCUACACGUAUAUCUACUCUUAGUAGUAUUAAGACUAAGAGUAUCCUUCAUAAAAAGCAGCAAGGCAGAAGAGAAAUUUGUAGCAUAAAUUAUCAAAAUGAGACCAAUUUACCAAAUCUAAACAAUCUUAGACAGAAGCCAAACUCUGAAUCAGAUGAUGAUGGUGAAAAAUCUUUUGUACAUGAAGAUUUUGUAUCAAAAUCUACAUGUAGGAAUUUGUGUUUUACCUCUACUGAUAAUCAAUUGCAUUUAGAUAAUAGGUUUGCUCUGUCCACACAAUCUAUAAGUAGUAAUGAUGAUAUAAACGAGACACUUCUGCCAAAAGUAGAGACAGCUUUAUUGCUAUCAUGUGAAAGUGACAGAUCAUCACAGUCUCAAUUUGAUAUGGAAUCAAUGUGCUGGAAAGACUCAUUGACAAACAGAACCAAUGAUCAAACAUGUAACACAGCCAAUGAAAAGCUAUUUCUAAAAAUAAAAGGUGCAUUUGGUGAGCUACAGAAGCUAUCAUUAGACAUUAGUGGUUUAGUGUAUCACUGUAGUCAGUAUGGAGUGACUCUCAUUAUUCCAGAGGGAGCAGUACAAGAGUCAGCUACUGUAUGGUUUGGAGCAUGUCUCUUCAGUGAUAAGUUUAAGUUUGGUGAUUAUGUACCAGUCACUCCUAUUGUGUGGGUACACAUUGACAGAAAGCUGGAUAAAUGUGCAGAACUGUACAUUCCACAUGAUGUUGCUAUUUCCAGUGACACCAAUCUACAACAUUUCACUAUAUUAACAGCUCACGAUGAUGAUUGCUCUGAUGUUAUAAGUUUCCAAGAAAAUUGUGGAUCACAGGCUGAAUCUACUUCUGGGUUACAAAUUUUUAAAAUUUUGUCGCCUCAUUUUUGCUCUAAUUGUGUUGCUGUCCAGAAAGGGGAAUACAAAUUUAUACCCAGAAGGUAUUUAAUAGCACGUGCUGAUAAGAAAAAUGGAAGGGAAUUAUCAGUACAAUUUAUUUUUCUAUGCCAACAAGAAGGUUGCACAGAGGUUGUUGAAGAGCAGUGUGCUAAGGAAGGAUUUAAGAUAUUAUCAUAUGAACCAGUCACAUUUACUGGUGAUGGUCAAGUAUCACUGUCUUUUGAGCCACCUAGUGUCCCUGGUUGGAAAAGAAAAGAAGUUGGGUUUUCCAAAGACUAUAUUUCUGUUGGAGAUAUUGAUUAUUAUCAAAUGAUGGGAUGUGAAAAUGUUGCAGAAGUCACUGAAGAGGAGCUGAAACGGCUUAAGUUGUUAGAAAAGAAGCUCUCCUAUCCUCCUCGUUUUAGAAUGCAGUUUACAUCAGAUGCAGUAGUGGAAAAAAGUCAAAAAGUGAUUGUUCGCUUCAAUCAAGUUCAUCCUCCUGUGAAAAACACAAUUCUGUUAGAAGGUUCCAUAGAAUUACCUCUUUCUCCGACCUCAUCUGCAAGUAGUACUAGAUCUGGUAUUGAUCUAAUGACAUAUGAAAAUGAUUUGUUACUGGGGGACUGUCUUUGUAUUAUUGCAAGUGAAGGAGAUUUAAAAGAAAAAUGGUUUGAUUUUGGAUACAGAUUAGGCCUUACAAUUGGUCAGCUGCAGGACAUUGGACUAACAAGCAUUGAUUCUAUCCAACGUACUAGAAAAGUUAUAAUUCACUGGAGAAAUGAGAACAGAUCAGAAUCAUGGGAGCCUUUAGCAGUAGCUCUUGCUAAGAUUGGGUUUAAAGAUUUAGCACACAGAGUCAAAGAUUAUUUUGAAUCUCCUCCUGUACCUGAACCAGAACCAGAAGAUAAAGAAGAUCACUACAAGGGAGUUUAUUGUAGUCUCUGUGAAGAAUACCAUCUUAAACCUGAAGACAUUCAACAAGAAAUACAUGCACCAAAAGUCAACUCUACUCCUGAUAUUGUUGAUCUUACUAACCUAGUAGCAGCAAAAAUUCAAGACAAGUUCUAUCAAUUUGGAACAGCAAUUCACUUGAAUGAUGGAUUCUUAAAGAGUCUCUAUGAUACUUAUCAUGAUCCCAUUGAUAGAUUCAUUGCUGUUUUUAAUAGGUGGAAGGACAAUGAUCCUGACACAUACACAUGGGGUACUGUCAUUAAGGUACUUCAGUCUGAUGCUAUUGGAGCUCAUGCAGUGGCUCAAGAUGUCAUGAAGCAUCUUACCACUAAUGCAGAGGCUGCAGAGCAUGCUUCCAACUAAUUGUUUUUGUAUGGUUUUUGUACGUGUGUGAUGUUUACCAUUUUUAUAUUUUACAAAGUUUAUACAUAUUUUAUUUUACCACUUGUAUAUAUACAUGAUUUUUUUAGAACUUUUGUUUUUACUAUUGAUGUCAUGAUUUUUAUUUUAUAUUUUUUAUUA